CAGCAAUCUCCCGUUCUCUAUCACGUGAGACUAGGACUCCCUGGCAAGGAACUGUUACGAUACCGUACCAACCCGAUGAUGAUUAAUUCCCGUCGUCAUUAGAUAUCAAAAAUCCGGAGAAAGCAUCCAAACCUUUUGUUGCGCCGCCUCAACUCCAAACAUCAUACACCAUAUUCUAGUCGAAUCCACCCACACCUUUCCUCUCGCCUGGCCUCCGGACCCAAAAACACCCUCGCCACGAUUAACUAACUCCCCGCCCACUUGAUGUACUCCCGCACCUCCACCAUCUUGAGCAGAAGCUGCCGGUACUUCUUCCGCGCCCCCGUUCACCAAAGACAGACCUUUUCGAUCUCCGCGCGCUCCUUCGCCGCCGUAAACGCAGCUAUGGCCGACGCUACCGCGGGUGUGACCGCCGACGGACUGAAGAGCAAGCUGAUCGAUCAGUUGCAGGCACAGCAUGUUGAGAUUGAGGACCUUUCGGGCGGCUGUGGCCAGGCAUUCCAGGCGGUGAUUGUAUCCCCGCAAUUCGAGAAGAAGACCAUGCUCGCUCGUCACCGUUUGGUGAACUCGGUCCUCAAGGAGGAGAUCGCGGCUAUCCAUGCGUGGACGCCUAAGUGUUAUACCCCUGAGCAGUGGCAGGCUUUGCAGCAGUAGAUUUAUGAUGGAUUUCCUGUUUAUAUUACGGCCCGGAAAAAAAAGAGAGAGGGAAGAAGAUCUUGAUAUAUCCUGGGUAUUUCGACGCACUGGAAGCAUAUAGGCAGGCGUUGGAGUUUUUAUUAAUGUACAUUUGUCGUUGCUAUCCAGCUGUGGGACUAUAGUAUACUUGUCUUGGGCUAUGGUUGGUGGAAAUCAAAGAUAAGACUAUG